CGGGGCGGACACGCCCUCUCGCGGGCGCGGGCCGCCCAGAGGCAUCGGUGCCGGGUGCCCGCGCCGCGCCGGGGCCGCGGAGGAGGCUGCCCCAAGCGGGCAGCGGCGGCGCGGGGACGGGCCGGGAGGCCGAUCCUGCGGGUCUGGAGCCCGGCAGGGCCAUGGGGGCCGGGGCCGGUGGGCCGGGCGUCCUGGCGCUGCUUUUCGCUGUGUGCGCUCCGCUCCGGCUGCAGGCGGAGGAGCUGGGUGAUGGCUGUGGGCACAUAGUGACCUCUCAGGACAGUGGCACAAUGACAUCUAAGAAUUAUCCAGGGACUUAUCCCAAUCACACUGUGUGUGAAAAGAUCAUCAGAGUCCCGAAGGGGAAGAGGCUCAUUCUGAGGUUGGGAGAUUUGAACAUUGAGUCUAAGACCUGCACUUCCGACUACCUUCUCUUCACCAGUCCAACAGACCAGUUUGGUCCGUACUGUGGGAGUUGGGCUGUUCCCAAAGAACUCUGGGUGAACUCAAAUGAAGUGACCGUCCGGUUCCAGAGUGGAACUCACAUUUCUGGACGGGGCUUUCUUCUGGCCUAUACCAGCAGUGACCAUCCAGAUUUAAUAACCUGUUUGGAACGAGGCAAUCAUUAUUCGGAGGAAAAAUACAGCAAAUUCUGCCCAGCUGGUUGUAGAGACAUAGCAGGAGACAUUUCUGGGAAUAUGAAAGAUGGCUACAGAGAUACCUCUUUGCUGUGCAAAGCUGCCAUCCACGCCGGGAUCAUCACAGAUGAACUAGGUGGUCCCAUCAACCUGCUGCAGAGCAAAGGCAUCAGUCAUUAUGAAGGAGUCCUGGCCAACGGUGUGCUCUCCAGGCAUGGUUCCCUGUCGGAAAAGCGUUUUCUGUUUACCUCCACCGGAAUGAAUAUCACCACCAUGAUUAUUCCAUCCGUGGCCCUCGUUACCCUCCUUCUGGCUGGAAUGGGGGUCUUUGCAGUUUUCAGAAAGAAGAAGAAGAAAGGAAAUCCAUAUAUAUCAGCUGAGGCUCAGAAAACAGGAUGUUGGAAGCAGAUUAAGUAUCCCUUUGCUAGGCAUCAGUCGACCGAAUUCACCAUCAGCUAUGACAAUGAGAAGGAGAUGACACAAAAGUUGGAUCUUAUCACUAGUGACAUGGCCGAUUAUCAGCAGCCUCUCAUGAUUGGCACUGGAACAGUCACAAGAAAGGGCUCUACCUUCCGGCCCAUGGACACAGACGCUGAGGAGGCCAAGGUGAGCGCUGAGGCCAGUGGCCACUACGACUGUCCUCACCGCCUGGGCCGCCACGAGUACGCGUUGCCCUUGACACACUCGGAGCCGGAGUACGCCACGCCCAUCGUGGAGCGGCACCUGUUACGAGCCCACACCUUCUCCACGCAGGAUGGCUACCGAGUCCCGGGGCCCAGGCCCACUCACAAACACUCCCUUUCCUCCGGAGGGUAUCCCCCUGCCGCAGGGGCCACCCAGAGCGAAGGCUACCAGAGGCCAGCAAGCCCCAAGCCUGUGGGUGGUGGCUACGACAAGCCUGCUGCCAGUAGCUUCUUGGACAGCAGAGACCCCUCCCCUCAGUUGCAGGUGACUCCUGGGGUGAACGAUGGUUACUCGGCACCCAGAAACGGUCUUGCACCCCUCAACCAGAUGGCCAUGACUGCUCUUUUGUGAACCCAAUGUGAAAAAAGCCUGCUGUGGUACUGAGCGUGCUCUGCUGUGAGUCACUGGAAGGAGUAUGUGCAUGGAUCCUAGAGACAACCUCACUCACUGUUUACAGAAACUGUGCAGCUGGUCUUGUUCCGACCCUUCCAGCAGACCCGGUUGCUUUCUGUUGUGCUAGACUAAGGAGACCUUCCUCAUUUCUCCAACUGUGAUGCUGUGCUGUAAAAUGUGCAAUUUGUACAGUCGUAUUUAACGUGGAUUAAAGUAAGGAAGUCUGUGGUGGUUUUCUACACCGGGGUUAAGGAGAAAACUCGGGAUUUGCAGAGAUGUGGUAGUACAUGUUCAUGUUUCCCAGUGUGUUUGGUUAUCUGACACUGUUAGCAGCAGGUCUGUUAAAAAAACAAAACAAAACAAAACAAAACAAAACAAAAAAAAACCUAUCUGGUUGUGGUGGCUCAUUUCCUUUUUGAUAAACUAAAAGCAUUUUUUGAUACUCCUCCUGGAAGAAAUGAAAUUACUUGAAAUAUGAAAAGCACACAGGGAUAGGUUCGUUCACUUUCAUGGCCAUAGAUUUAUGCAAGCAAGCACUCCACAGCAGCUGCUGCCUGCUCCCUUCUGUGAGGGCAGUCCAGUGUCCUGGGGCCUGUGUGGGACCCAGCUGUACCCCGAGGGACCUCAUUCUCUAAGGGAAGGGCCUGGUCCUAAUGCACAGUGUUCAUAAGCAAAUCUGCCUCUCCAGGGUGCUGGGACUCAAGGCAAUCCACCACGCUUUCUCUCCACAUCUUACAAUGAAGGUGGCGGAACAGCUGUGGCUUCGGGAGACUGUCAGGUAUUUCUAAACCUCAGAUUAAACAUGUAGCUGAGCUCAGAAGGCCUACUUCUCACAACUUUCUCCAGAAACAGUGCAUGUCGGCGACUUCCAUUACCCCUGGGAAACAAACGUUAUUUGAAAUGUGUUCUUACGCGCGUCUUAAGUAGAGAUUUCCAGUGGCGGGCUGGUAACUGAACCAGUAGUGUAAGAAAGCUGUUUUCUCCUAAAUAUGUGAUUAUACUCAUAGAGUAGCCCAGGUCUCGGCUGUACCUCAUGUUCAGUGUUGUUCUCCCUGAGAUGGCUUUGUGAAUUAACUGGGAGAUUUAACCUCUUUUGCCAAAGAGGAAAAAGUAUGUGUCUUGUUUGUUAAUAGAAACUAUGGACCAAAAAUCCUUUCCUUAAAAACUGUAUUGUAACCCUAUUUCUAUGACUGCCAUUUUCUAUGAAUUAUAUCUGUGCUAAAAUAGGGCGCUGAAGGGUAAUGGCAGACUACCUGGUUAUAGUGGAGGAGAAACCAUUUGCUUUAUGGAGUUUACAUGAUUUUGUGUGUGUACUAAUUGUAGUAAACUAUGCCAAAUCAUACAGCCCCCGAAUUCUCAUUGGGCUCCUGCUUGCUGGGCUAGUGAGAGGUUCACCCUGUAACUGGAUUCCCCUAAUUUGGUUUGCAACUUUAUUUAUUUAUUUAUUUAUUUUUUUAUUUCAGGCUCUAAUGUAGCCCAGGAUGGCUGUCAGCUCUCAGUGUAGCCUUGGAUGACCUUGGAUUUCUGAUCCUCCUGCCUUUGCCUCUCAAG